AUGCGAGCUUUCAGAUCUGCCGCCAACUUCGGAGCUGCUUCUAACAUCUACCGAAAGUCCUUCACCCCCGCUUCUAUUGCCUCUAACCGAUUUGUCUCUGCCAGAAUGAGCUCCAUCAUGACCGACAACGCCCGACCUAACACCGACAAGGUUGUUCAGGACAUUGCCGACUACAUCCAUGACUACAAGAUCGACUCCUCCGUCGCCAUGGAGACUGCUCGACUCUGUUUCCUUGACACUCUCGGCUGUGGUCUUGAGGGUCUCAAGUACCAGCAGUGUGCCAACAUUGUUGGCCCCGUUGUUCCCGGCACCAUUGUGCCCAACGGAACCAAGGUCCCCGGUACCGACUACCAGGUUGACCCCGUCCGAGGUGCCUUCAACAUUGGUACCAUCAUCCGAUGGCUCGAUUUCAACGACUGCUGGCUCGCCGCCGAGUGGGGACACCCCUCCGAUAACCUUGGCGGUAUCCUUGCCGUUGCCGACUGGCAGACUCGAUCCGCCAAGGCCGGUCUUGAGGGCAAGGUCUUCAAGGUCAAGGAUGUCCUCGAGGGCAUGAUCAAGGCCCACGAGAUUCAGGGAGGUCUCGCCAUCGAGAACUCUUUCAACCGAGUCGGUCUCGACCACGUUGUUCUCGUUAAGAUCGCCUCUACUGCCGUUGUCUCCGGCAUGCUCGGCCUCUCUCGAGAGCAGACCGCUGAUGCCAUCUCUCAGGCCUUUGUCGACGGUCAGUCUCUCCGAACCUACCGACACGCCCCCAACACCAUGUCUCGAAAGUCUUGGGCUGCCGGUGAUGCCACCUCUCGAGCCGUUAACCUGGCUCUGCUCGUCAAGAAGGGUGAGGGAGGUAUGCCCUCUAUCCUGACCGCCAAGACCUGGGGUUUCUACGAUGUCCUCUUUGGCGGCAAGGAGUUCAAGUUCCAGCGACCUUACGGCUCCUACGUCAUGGAGAACGUUCUCUUCAAGAUCUCUUUCCCCGCUGAGUUCCACGCCCAGACCGCCUGCGAGUCUGCCAUGCUGCUCCACGAGGAGCUCAAGAAGCUUGGCAAGACCUCCGAUGACAUUGCCUCCAUCAAGAUCCGAACCCAGGAGGCCGCCAUGCGAAUCAUCGACAAGAAGGGUCCCCUGCACAACUACGCUGACCGAGACCACUGCAUCCAGUACAUGGUUGCUAUUCCUCUCAUCCACGGCCGACUUACCGCUGACGACUACACUGACGAGAUCGCCUCCGACCCCCGAAUUGACGCCCUCCGAGAGAAGAUGGAGUGUGUUGAGGACAAGCGAUUCUCCGAGGAGUACCACGCCCCCGACAAGCGAUACAUCGGUAACGCCAUCGAGAUCACUCUCAAGGACGGCACCGUGCUCGACGAGAUCGAGGUCAACUACCCCAUUGGCCACCGACAGCGACGAGAGGAGGGUACCCCCGUUCUCCUUGAGAAGUUUGCUCGACAUCUCCGUGGACGAUUCCCUGAGGGACAGGUUGAGAAGAUUCUCGCUGCCUCUAACCAGGAUAUUGUCAACAUGGACAUUGACGAGUACGUUGACCUUUACGUCAAGAAGGACUAA